CUUUUUUUUUACUUUUCCUUUAAAAUUUGUAUUCUAUUUUACUGAACGUGUGACGUUUUUGACACUAGUAUAUAAAUGUAACAAAAUACAAUUAAGCAUAUUUAUUUUAACGAAUAUUUAUUAAAAGUCAUUCAACAACUUCAAAUCCUUUGUCAUGGCAUCCGAUCGUUCCGAUAAUGAAAGUGACGCUGAUGCAUUUGUAGAUGCAUCAGAUACAUUUGUAGAGGAUGUUGAAGGAAAACCAACGUCAUAUCGAUAUUCUACUGCAAUAUUAUCUUCUCUAGCAAGAAAUGCUGGUGGAAUUGUGUCAAUGUUCUCAUCAUCGUCAGAUAAUAAAGAAUUGACGUCACAAAAUAAUUCCCGGGAUAUUCCAAAAGAUGAGUUUUCAGCUGUUCCAGAAAUUUCAAUUACAGACAUGUCAAAUGGUGACGGCGAUGAUGAAUAUAAUGAUAAACAACUUAUCGAAAGUGACGAUGCAUCAUCAGUAAACACUGAUAUCCCGCAAAAUGAUAAUAAGGAUUCUAUAACAAAUAAUAGUUCUGAUAACAAUGAACCAAUAGAUGUAACAGUUUAUGUUAAAGAUUUGGAUACAGGAAAAAAUAUACCUGCAUCAUAUUUAGAAGAAGAAAUUAAAAAGUCAAAUAAUGGGAAUAUUGAUCCACUUUCUUUUCAUAUUUUGAAAAGAUCGGGGUCACUUAAUGAAUAUCAAUAUGAACAUAAAAGAAAAGAUGAUAGUGAUGAUGAAGGUGGAAAAAGUGGGAAAUAUCAGGACGUGAGAUCUUAUAACAAGCGAUCAAAAUUUCUUAAUCGUAUAAAGAAGCGAACGUCAUCGAAUGCCGGAAAAGAUGAAGAUGAUAUAAUAGAAGAAGAAGAAGAAGGCGUGACAGGAAAUAAUGCACCUGUAUUUGGCACCGAAACACCUGGUAGUGAUUUUGGUCGAGCACAACCACGUUAUAUAAAGGUUAAAACACGGCAUAAACAUUUCAAAGAAUUUGAUAAAUUAUUUCUUGCACAAGAACUAUGUCUUGCAACACAAAAUGAAACAUCAGGAGCAAUUUGGACAAUGAAAUUUAGUAAAGAUGGAAAAUUCUUAGCAACAGGGGGACAAGAUACAGUUGUUAGAGUUUGGGCUGUUAUAUCGAGUGACGAAGAACGGGAACAUUUUCUGGAGGGAAAUGGAACAAGUGUUUAUGAAGGAUCAAAAGGAUCUAAACUGGGAGCUCCAGUAUUCAGAGACAAACCAUUAUAUGAAUAUCUUGGUCAUACUGCUGAUGUUUUGGAUUUAAGUUGGAGUAAAAAUGAUUUCUUACUUUCCUCAUCAAUGGAUAAAACUGUGAGACUAUGGCAUAUUACACGAAAAGAAUGUUUAUGUUGUUUUCAACAUACGGAUUUCGUAACGGCAAUUGCAUUUCACCCAAAAGACGAUAGGUUUUUUUUAUCAGGAUCAUUGGAUUGUAAAUUAAGACUUUGGAAUAUUCCAGAGAAAAGAGUAGCACAUUGGAAUGAAGUUCCAAACCAACAACUAAUAACAGCAGUAGGAUUUACACUUGAUGGUAAAAUGAGUGUAGCAGGAAGUUUUUCGGGAUUAUGUUUAUUUUAUGAAACUGAUGGAUUAAAAUAUAAUACACAAAUUCAUGUAAAAAGUUCUCGUGGGAAAAAUUCUCAAGGGAAGAAAAUUACCGGAAUCGAAGCUAUGCCAGGAACCAAACCGGGUCAAGAUAAACUGUUGAUCAGUUCUAAUGACUCAAGAAUUCGAUUGUACAAUAUGAGAGAUAAAUCAUUGGAAUGUAAAUAUAAAGGUUAUGAAAAUACAUGUAGCCAAAUUCGCGCUACAUUCAGUGAUGAUGGAAGAUACAUUAUAAGUGGAUCAGAAGAUAGGCACGUAUAUAUAUUAAACGCAAAUCAAUCACAAUUAAAUGCUCAAUACGGAAAUAGUGGUGGAAAUAAUUGGCUUAAAAAGGAUAAAAUUGGUUAUGAAAGUUUUGAAGCUCAUUCCGCAAUUGUAACGGUAGCAAUAUUCGCACCAACAAGAACAAAACAAUUGAUUGCAUUAUGUGGCGAUCCAAUUUUUACAAAUACAUAUAAUGAAACAAACAAUAAUGCUAAUAAUAAUAAUGUUCCUACUCAAACUUAUCCUGAUGGUAAUAUUAUUGUUUGUGCUGAUUAUUCUGGAAUAAUUAGAAUAUUUAGGCAAGAUUGUGCUUAUUAUUAUUCUCGUGAUAAUGAUUCUCAUUCUGUUAGAAGUACAAGGUCUUGGAAUUCUAAUAUUGGAAAUAGUUUGGGAAAUUUUUUUUCCAAACCAAAACAAAAUAAGAGUUCAGUAUGGAAUAGUGGAAGAAGAAAAAGUGAUGCAAGUAUGCAUUCUGUUGCUUCAAGUGUUAUGAGUGAUGAUAUAGAUAAUGAUGGCAAUAAAUUUGAAGAAAAUUACUCAAAAUAAUGAAAUAGUAGUAAAAUAAGACUUAAUUUAUAUUUUGUAUAUUAACUUGUAUUAUUAUUCACUUUACUAUUAAAAAUAUGUACUAAAUCUUAUGACUUGUUUUAAAGCUAUUCAGGAUCUUAAAAUAAUCGUCAUCCUGAAGGGGUGACACAAUAUUUUAUCCACCAACCAAUAACUAGGUUAUUGAGUUAUGCAAAAUCAUACUAUUAUUAAUGUAAGAGUAUUAUGAAAAUAUAUUUAAACUGUAAAACUUAUUAAAAGGAUUAAUUGUCCAGAGCGAAUACAAAAUUGAUCACGUGAAUUUCUCUGUCUGCCACGUGAUCGUCGCCCAAUG